AGAACAUAGACAUUUAUACGCAGACCAUGGAGAGAGAUCUUGGCAUCAAAGCAGAAGUGGUCAAGAAAGCCUUGUCUGUAUCAAUCGAAGCUCAUAAGAGCCCGGAGAAGCCAUGUCUCGUCGAAAGGAAGAUUCCCAAUAGCCCUUCCCACGUCAUUGUGGCCUUCCCUGGAUCAUGGUCUCUGAAUGACUGGUUUUCUGGAGACAGCAAAGCCAAGCCUUUCGGGGAGACCAAGAUCGACACUAAAAAGUUCGGAUCUCUCAAGAGCAUAGGCAAAGAGGUGGACGCCAUGGUCAACGAGGCAUUCAUGGCGAGAUUCCUACGUAUUCUGGAUGAUGGAAGUGGAACGUUCUGUGCGGAGGUGACAAAGGCGGCGGAGAAGGACAAGCAAAUAGUAUUUGCAGGCCAUUCAUCGGGUAGUCCAAUCGCAAUAUACGCAACUGUUUGGUUCCUUGAGGAGUACAUAAGAUCAAACAAGAAGCAGACUUCCCAUCCUCCUCUCUGUUUAACAUUCGCAUCCCCACUUACCACCGACCACACCUUUUGUCAUGCUGUCCAGCGGGAGGGCUGGUCUGAUUGCUUUGUCCACUUUGUUAUGAAACUCGACAUCAUUCCCAGGAUUCUACUCGCUCCUCGCUCUUCUACAACGGAGUUGCUACAAAAGAUUCCCCGUUUCUUAGACCCACAUCACAAAGCCGACGAAGCAAAAUUGGCUUCAAUAUUUGUGAAUGUGAUGAAGAAUGCAUCAUGUGUUGCAAGUUACGCAGCUUGUGCACUAACGGGAAGCAAACAUACAUUGUUUGACACCAUGUCUAGAUUCAUAAAGCUAAGUCCUUACCGACCGUGCGGGAAAUAUGUCUUUUGCACCGAGACUGGCAAAUUGGUGGUCAUGAAGAACCCGGAUGCAGUUCUUCAACUGUUGUUUUACUCCUUACAGAUCGAGUCUGAAACAGAGCUUCAGAAGAUAGCAGUGGCAAGCUUAAAGACACAUUGGACAUAUAAAGAUGCACUGGAUAAAAGCUUGCAGAACCUCCCUGAAUUACCUCUCAGCUCAGACGAUACUAUAGAUAUUGGUGCUUCACUGAAUGACCUUAACCUGUGCCCAACAGCGAGGCAGUGCCUUCGUGCCGCUGGAGUGUCAGAAAAGCAGAAAGUCGAUAACCAGAAAAAGUCUGUACACAAGAAGGACGCCAUAAAUAAAGCUCUCAAAGCAUUAGACGACUAUCGGACCACAAGCGAGAAUGAUGGUGUGGGAUAUUAUGAUGCUUUCAAGAUGCAAAAGAAGGAGGAAGAUUUCAAGGCCAACGUAAAGAGACUCGAACUGGCAGCUAUGUGGAACGAGAUUAUCGAAAUGAUAAAACAAGAGCAGCUCCCAGACAAAUUUGAGGCAGAGAAAGAAUGGAUCGAGCUCGGCACAAGAUUUCGCCGACUUGUGGAGCCAAUAGACAUAGCCAACUACUAUCGACACUCAAAGAAUGAAGAUGCAGGUCCUUACAUGAUCAAAGGAAGGCCAAGACGGUACCACUAUCCGCAAAGAUGGCGAGAACAUGCUGAGCAAUUGGAGAGAGAUUCAAGUGGUGAAUCCUGCUUUUGGGCUGAGGUGGAGGAGCUCAACAUUGCGAGUACUAACAAGAAAGCACCAUGGAAAGAAAUAGAGAACAGGGUCUUGACUUUGGAGAAGAACCUGAGAAAAUGGUAUGAUAAAAAGGAGGUGGAGAAGGAUGUCUUCUUAGAAAAGAGCACACUCGUUAAGUGGUGGCAUACUCUCCCUGACAACCACAAGGCAAAUUCCUGCAUCAAAGAACUCAUUCCAAGCUGAAAAUCCCUUGCUGCAAAUUUGCUUGAAAAGCCAGACACAGCAACCGGCUGGCAUCAUCUAAAGAGGAGUCCUUCCCAUUUUCAGUUGAUUUUCUCUGUACAAUAAAUGUCUUUAAUGAAAUAAAUCACCCUUCAAAUAA